CUGACAGAUUCUGACAAAUUGUCUGGCCUGGUUGUUUAGGCUUGUUGAAUCCUAAAGACGUCGGCAAAGAGAACCAAACAUCCGCCUUUAGUUUGCGACUUCUGCUGAAAGUAAAUUUCCUAAAAUCACCAAUGGCUCGCAGACGCAAAAAUCGCACACAUUUGAAGGGCGCAGGGGCAACCGCACAGCACGCAAACGACGGUGCACCCAAGUCCUUCAUCAUAAAACAUGGACAAGUAGGUACUUCUGUCACCCAGCUCGUUCGUGAUCUACGAAAAGUUAUGGAACCAAAUACGGCGAGCCGUCUGAAGGAACGUAACCGUAACAAAUUAAAAGAUUACCUGAUUAUGGCUCCUACGCUGGGGGUCACGCAUUUGCUCGCUCUUACUGUCACAGACGUCGCACCGUCACUGCGCAUAAUUCGACUUCCCGCGGGACCUUCUCUUAGCUUCCGCGUGGAACGAUACAGCUUGAUGAAAGAUAUCUUAAAAACUUCUCGAUCCUCACGAAGCAUGGGGAUGGAGUAUCUCACUGCCCCAUUGGUCGUCCUCUCUUCGUUCCCCCCACCCUCGCCAGAAACGCCCCCACAUCUCCCACUGCUCAUGAAAUCCUUCCAAUCUCUUUUCCCUCCAUUAUCCCCCAACUCGAUGUCACUUUCCAACUGCCGUCGGAUCGUCUUGAUAGCAUACAACCCCGACAGAGGAACCGUCGACUUCCGACACUAUGUCAUCACCGUAAAACCAUACGGCGUCUCAAAGCGCGUCCGACGCGUACUCGAAGGCGCCCCCAAAAAAACAUCAGCCAACUCCUCCAGUGGGUUCUUGGACCUUGGAAACGAGAAGGAUGUUGCGGACUUCUUGCUUAGGAAAAGAGGGGAGCCUAGCCCAGGGAUCGACGGGUAUGAGUCUGCGGCAUCAUCAGCUUCGAGUGCUGCUGGUGAUGACGGGGAGCCGGUGUCAUUGGCGGAUGAUUAUGUUGGUCGGAAUAACAAGAAGGGGCAAAAGAAGGCUGUCCGACUAAGUGAAGUUGGCCCGAGGAUGGAGCUGCGGCUGAUCAAAAUUUCUGAAGGCGUUCCAGGGAGGGAAGGUGCUGUGCUGUAUCAUGAAUUUGUCAAAAAAUCAAAGGCCGAAGCCGCUGCACUCAAGGCUUCUCAUGUUGCCAAGGAGAGAUUGCGAAAGCAGAGACGGGAGGAACAAGAAAGCAACGUGCAACGGAAGAAAGCAGAAAAAGAACAAGUGUCGCGGAAGAAUCAAAAGAAUUCUGAUGAGGAAGCCUCUGAGGCUGGCGAAUCUGGCGAUGAUGAAUGGGAUGAAGACGAGGAGAUAAGUGAAGUGGGUGGCAGCGACGACGAGCACAGUGAAGCACCAGGGAGCGAUGAAGAGGAAAGUGAUGAUGAACCCGAAGUGCGACCACCUACCAAGAAAGUUCGAAUACGAGGGAAACGAUGAACUGUGAAACAGGUUUCUCGUCGUGUCGGAAUGUAUUCACGCUUAAAAACUACGAGUGGGAGAAUACAAUGUAAGCUUGGAGAGCGGCAUUUCCUAGAAGAAUCAGGGGAAUCACCUCUUCCGCUCGCAGCAGAGCAAUCUGGCGAUGCGAUAGCUACUACCUUGGUAAUGGUUGAAUGUUCUAAGCCUCAAGAGUGUCUUGCUUUCAGAGGAUAUGCAAGAAGAUUGUAUUCACUGCGCGUACAGGCUCAAUAAACGAAAAUGAAUGGAGGGGAAUAAAACAUAU